UAUAUUUAGUCUUUCACACACACUAGUGAGACAAAGAAAACAGUCAUGAACAUGGCUUCUUCUCCAAUAUUAAUGUUGAUCAUAAUCUUCUCAAUGUGGCUUCAAAUUUCCCACUCAGAAUCCACAGAAUAUGUGGUAGCAGAUAGUCAAAAUUCAUGGAAGGUUCCUUUUCCAUCACGACAUGCACUCACACAAUGGGCCUCUAGUCACCAAUUCAUAGACACUAUGUUGUUUGAUGGCGAUAACAAAGUGAAUGAGGAUGAGUACACAAAUUGCAAUAUUGUAGAGAGUCAUAGCAAGAUGGGGAUAAAGCUAGAUGAUGAUGUGGUUGUCAAAAGCAAGCCUCUAGUUAUUCCACCUCUAAUUACUCUGCCUGAGCCGCCUUCACCAGCACCGGCACCAAAUUUUUCCGGUAGUAAUGGUGGUGUUGCUGCUGGCCUUGGACUCAUCAUGUGGUUGGGGGUUUCAUCAAUGGCUAUGAUCAUGUUCUUAAUUUGAAAGAUUAUCUAUUUCUCUACUAAGCUUAAUUUGUGACAACAUACAUAAAUUAAAUAUAUUUGUGUGUGGUUAGGUCAAAUACAUUUUCAUUUUGCUUUCAUGUUUUCUUAACUUUCAUAGACAAUAAAAGUUGUUGGUUUCUGGUA